AUGUCUUCUUCCAUCCAUUGGCCAGAUACCCCGGACCCUUCCUGGCAAACCUCACGAUUCUCCGAGGGACAUAUCAUACCUGGAAGGGUGAUGUGCAUCUGGAUACAUUGCGUUGCCAUCAGCGAUAUGUGUACACGGUCCUUGGAAAAGAUAAGCUCAACCUUGUCACCCUCGUCGACAAAAAAAGAGCACUCCAAACGUCGGAAAACGGUCGCCAGCUCGUUCUCGCUUGCGAACGUCAAAGCCUUCGAACCAAACGUGCUCGUCUACGUGCAACGAUUCCUCGACGCCUUCUUGCCACAGACCGGAACGAAUAGCUCAUGGGGCCCGGCCAUCAACGUGGCCGACUGGUGCUCCUACCUCACCUUCGAUGUCAUGACGGAUUUUGUCUUCGGGCUCAAGUAUGACCUCUUGCGAUGUCAGACCUGGCAACACGUCGUGCACGAUAUCGAAGCCACCAAUGUCUGGCUUUACGUGCUGAUGCACUCCAAGUUUCUGCACCUCGGUCGCUUCGACAGGUGGUUGUUCCCUGCUGCCGUCCGAGGAUCACGAGGGUUCCUCCGGUUCAUCGACCAAGUCAGGCAGGGGCAUCGUUUGCACGGUCUUCGAAACACACUUUUCUCGGUUGCUCAUUCUGUGUAG